UCAGUCACUUUAUUACCACACGAGUUUGUGCCAUAAAUCGUCAGGCUGGAUUUGCCCGACCCUAGAAACUGGUGGAGCGGGAGAAAAUCGUGGAGGAGCGAGAAGCGGUACGCCCGAGGGGGCAACAUGGCGGUGGAUUCGGCUGAGCCCGUGCACACGUCUCCCUCUGUCCGGCUCCAGGGCGACGCGGAUGUGACCGAGCGGGACGGCAGUGACCGGGUGUUCAUCAACGUGUCGGGGCUGCGCUUCGAGACGCAGCUCAAGACGCUCUCCCGCUUCCCGGACACACUGCUGGGUGACCCGCACAAACGCACCCGUUUUUUUGACCCACUCCGGAACGAGUACUUCUUCGACCGGAACCGGCCCAGUUUCGACGCCAUCCUGUACUACUACCAGUCCGGUGGGAGGCUCCGCCGACCCCUGAACGUACCGGUAGAUAUUUUCAUGGAGGAGAUAAAGUUUUAUGAAAUCGACGAGACCGUGGUACAGAGCUUCAUCGACGAUGAAGGGCUUAGCAAAGAGGAGGAGCGCCCGAUGCCCACCAACGAGUUCCAGCGGCAGGUCUGGCUCCUGUUCGAGUAUCCCGACAGCUCGCGAGCAGCCAGAUUAAUCGCCAUUGUGUCAGUGAUGGUCAUCUUAGUUUCAAUCGUCAUUUUCUGUUUGGAGACGUUACCAGAAUUCAGAGGCACAGGCGAUGGGCUGAAUAGACACGCAACAUUUAACGAGACGACUGAAGAACUCUGGACUGGCAACCCGUUCACUGACCCGUUCUUCCUGCUCGAGACGCUGUGCAUCGCGUGGUUUUCCUUCGAGAUGUUCAUGAGGUUCAUAUCGUGUCCGAGCAAGUCCGCUUUCUACAAAGACAUCAUGAACACUAUCGAUAUCGUAGCAAUCGUGCCGUACUUCAUAACCCUUGGUUUGGAGCUUUCAGAGUACCGAGGGAACGCGCAGCAAGCCGCAUCCUUGACCGUGCUCCGAGUGGUGCGCCUCGUGCGCGUCUUCCGCAUUUUCAAACUCUCGCGGCAUUCCAAAGGACUACAGAUCCUGGGCCGGACACUGCACGCCAGCAUGCGCGAGCUGGGAUUGCUCAUCUUUUUCCUCGUCAUUGGCAUCGUCCUGUUCUCCAGCGCGGUCUUCUUCGCUGAGGUGGACGACUCCGAGUCGAGCUUCACCAGCAUCCCGGAGUCGUUCUGGUGGGCUGUAGUUACCAUGACUACAGUGGGAUACGGGGACAUGAGUCCCGUCACGGUCGGUGGUAAAAUCGUAGGUUCGAUGUGUGCGGUGGCCGGUGUGCUCACUAUUGCCCUGCCCGUACCUGUCAUCGUGUCCAACUUUAGCUAUUUCUAUCACCGGGAAAACAACGAGGAGGAUCACAAAACGUACACGCACGUGACCUGCGGCCGACCGGUGGCCUCUUUUGAUGAAAACAGCGUACAUAAAGGCGGAUUCACCCUCAUUAAAUCAGAGUGCUCGGAAAAUAAAAAAGAUGACGAUAAUUUCUCCAUAUAUUGUAAUUUUAAUUUUGAUGAAUACACAGGGAAGCUGACAGAUGUGUGAGCUCCACCAAAAAACCCACAAACCACCAAAUAUCAAGCAUAUCAAGAGUGGCAUUAGAGCUGUGGUCCUCAAAGUGGGAUCUGGGUUCCCCAGGGCUCUAUAUAGGUUUGUAAACCUAUAUAUAUAGGUUUGUAAUUUUGGUUAUUCAUAAUGAUAAAAAAAAAUAUAUAGACAGUCCACCUACUUAUAAAUCCAGCUUGAUACAAUUAGAACAUUUAUUGGAAAAACAUUUCUUCAAUAUUGAAAAAGCUGGAAAAUAAUUUAGCACCAGGCAAAUAUGGACUACCAGUUUCGAUCAGCUCAGCCUGUGUUUUGGCAACUUGUAGCCGGUCCAAACGGGAUGUUUCAGCAGAGAAGGUUAUUAUGCAUUUAUUAUUAAGUUUUUAUAGUUAUUAGCCUAUUUGACUGGUCCCUUGAAUUAAAUGAGGUUAAUAAAAACCUCAGUAACUCAAAAACAAGUAGGCCUAUAAAUGUUGUCAACUUGGACAUAAUGUGUUCUGUGGGUGGAAAAGGUCAGGAAUAAAACUCUAUGACUCCAAUAAAUAGCCAAAACAUUUCAUACACAUUAAAAUAAUGAACGUAAUAUUUGAAUAGCUGGAUUACGUUCCUGAAAUAAAUCUGGACUGGACUGGGUUCCUGGAAUUGAUUUUACAGGUUAAAGACGGCCUAAAGUAAAUAACAUUCAUCUGAAAAAAAAUUAAGAACCCUCUCAGGAAAAGGUACUAUUCAAUUCCUUGGUGUAUGUACUAUGGUCUAGUGGUAUGUUCAAGCAUACAGUAUAAUAUUUAUACUUAGUAAGGUGUGCCUUUGAAGCUUUACUUUAAAGCUAUUAAGGCACAUUUAUUCUCCUUAAAUGAUUUUUUUAAAAAGCACUUCCGCAUUGCCAGGCAAAAGAUAAAUAUUAAAGAAACAAAAGCUGCCUUUAAGGCUAGAGACAAGAAAAGCAAUAGUUAAGCACAUUAUUUUCCGAGACUAUACUUUUUUGAAUAAUUGGAUUUUAUUCAUGAAAUAUAUAUGUGCAAAUUGUUGUAAAAAUCCAUCUGCACAUAUAUAGUUGAAAGAGUCCUUGGUUUGCAUUAGAGGGCUGAUUUAUAGAGGCCAGUCUAAGGUUAAAAUAAUGAAUGUUACUGAAUUCGAGAACAAAGUAGUCCUAUAAAAAAUCCUGGCUUCCUUGGUAAAAACACCUUCCCAUCAAACUCAUGUGUGAAGCCAGUGUUACAAGAAAUCUAUGUGAACUCCACGAACAGGAGUGAGAAAUCAGCAGUUUCCAUGAUAAAACUUUUUUUUUUUUUAUGUUUAUGUGAAAUGAGUGAGUUAAAACAUUUGCUUUAUAUAGAGAUAUAAAGGGGAUAUUGUAAAUAUAUAUGUAGGUUGUUACAUUAAGGGCAUUGUUUAUAUGUUUCUUAAUACUUAUACUUACUGGAUAGUUUAUAAGGAACACCAGUAUACCUGCUUAAUCAGGCAAAUAUCCAAUCAGUUGAAGGCUGUGUUGUGCAUUUCUGAAACUGUUAUUCUUUUGGCAUUUUUACAUACAUCAGUCUACAGUUUACACAGAAUGGCAUGAAAAGCAAAAACACACAGUGUGUGGCAUCCAGUAAGACUUAUUGAUAAGAGAAUUUUGAGUAGAAUGGCAAAGCUAACAGGAAGGUUAUGGAAACACUCUACAAUCAUUGCAACGAAAAAUGUAUCUCAGAACAAACCCUGUGAAGAUGUCACAUCAGAUUUCACUCCCAUCAGCCCAGAAAUCAGGAAACUGGACACAAAUUCACCUAAACAGGACAGUGAAAGAUUACAAAAAUGAAAAAAGUGUGAAAAAGAAGAGAAGUAAUGCUAUGCAGCAUGAAUGUGCAGCUGACACAUCUGUAAUCUACGUAGUGAAGAACUGGGGCUGUUCUGGGCGCAAACAGUGUUAAUAGUAUUAAUAUGGUGUUCCUAAUAAAGUGACUGGGUAACAUGUAGUGUGAAAUAGUCAAAAAGUUUCCAGAGGAUUGUAAGUACAUUAUCUGGCGCCCUCUUGUGUUCUCACACGAGCGCUGCAGGAUUUCUGGUGCGCUCUUAUUUAUUAUUUCUCUUGAGUGAAUUAACAAAUGUAGCGAGCUUUGUUAGUAAUUUUAGUCUAUUUGCUGGAUAGAAGAGAUCAAAUUAAGACCAUCUGAAUCUUUUUGUGUCUCUCAUCUGAGAACUAAGAGACUAAACAGCACAGUUUGUCUACUCAGGGCUGUUUUUUUUUACUUAAACACUGAACCUGUAAAAUAAUGUAUAGCUAAUUUGUGUAUUUGUAGAUGAUUUUCUUCAUUCUUCAUUUUCAUGCCAGUAAAGCUUCUAAAAGUGUUAG